GCAGUCACCAAAAACUAGAUGCCAAAUAGAAAUGAACCCACAGCCACAGGAACAUGAGGCCAUGAAAAUUUCAUCCUCCUUUAACAUGUAAACCCAAAUCAGAAAAAAGAUGGAAUCAGUCAGCAAUGGCUUGCACAACUUCUCUUCAAGCUUCAUAUUCAUUUAUAUCAAGAAACCAAAAUAAACUCCACUUCAACAAAGAAUCUCAACCAACAGUAGUUACAAGAAGAAAGAAGAAGAAUGGAUUUAGUGUUUACGCAGCUGCAGCACAAGGACCUGAAAGAGCAGCACAACCGGGAGUUGAUACAAGAAUACAUUGGGAUGACCCUGAUGAAGGUUGGAUUGGUGGUGGAAGUAGCAGGAGUAAUUUGAAUGAAGAUGAUGAACAAGUAGACCAGAAGAAUCUUUUGGGCCAGAAUUUUUCUGAAUUGCUCAAUGAUGCUUCUGGCUCUCAUUACCAGUUCUUAGGUGUAUCAGCAGGUUCUGAUAUAGAAGAGAUAAAAGCAGCAUACAGGAGAUUAUCAAAAGAAUAUCACCCAGACACAACUUCACUUCCACUAAAAGCAGCUUCAGACAAGUUCAUGAAACUAAGAGAAAUCUACGAUGUCUUAAGCAAUGAGGAGAAACGUAGGUUUUAUGACUGGACACUUGCUCAAGAGCUGGCGAGCCGUCAAGCAGAGGAAAUGAGAAUAAAACUUGAAGAUCCAUUUGAGCAAGACUUUGAUAAUUAUGAAUCAGUUCCUGACAUGGUUGAUAGGCUUGGAGGAAGAAACAUGGAGCUCAGUGAUCAAGCUAUUUCUGCUCUUACUAUUGAUGCUUUCAUUUUGGUUUUUGCUAUUUGUUGUAUCGUUUAUGUGGCUUUCUUUAAAGAACCUUAUUAUUACUAGCUUCUUUCUACACAUUAAACUCAUUUUAUACAUAUUUGUUAGUCCACAUUGAUUCAUAAA